AUGGAUCUAUCUUCUCAACGACAAUCCCCAAAUGGCUCGAGGGGUUUUCGUCUUCAAGCUCCAUUGGUGGAUUCUGUAUCUUGCUACUGCAGAGUAGAUUCAGGGCUUAAGACAGUUGUAGAAGCAAGAAAGUUCGUCCCUGGAUCAAAGCUUUGUAUCCAACCUGACAUCAAUCCAAAUGCUCACCGCCGCAAAAACUCCAAGAGAGAGAGGACGAGAAUCCAACCGCCGCUCCUCCCUGGCCUCCCGGACGAUCUAGCCGUCGCUUGCCUCAUCCGCGUCCCUCGAGCAGAGCACAGGAAGCUCAGGCUAGUCUGCAAAAGAUGGUACAGGCUUGCUUCUGGGAACUUCUUCUACUCUCAGAGGAAGCUGCUUGGCAUGUCAGAGGAAUGGGUUUACGUCUUCAAGAGAGAUAGAGAUGGGAAGAUCUCUUGGAACACGUUUGAUCCAACGUCUCAGCUUUGGCAGCCGCUUCCACCUGUUCCUAGAGAGUACUCAGAGGCUGUUGGGUUUGGCUGUGCUGUUUUGAGCGGUUGUCAUCUUUAUCUGUUUGGAGGUAAAGAUCCUCUGAGAGGAUCAAUGAGAAGAGUCAUCUUCUACAAUGCAAGGACGAAUAAGUGGCAUAGAGCUCCGGAUAUGCUUAGGAAGCGACAUUUCUUCGGCUGCUGCGUUAUAAACAACUGCUUGUAUGUAGCUGGUGGGGAGUGUGAAGGGAUUCAAAGGACGCUGAGGUCGGCUGAGGUUUAUGAUCCGAACAAGAACAGAUGGAGCUUUAUAGCUGAUAUGAGCACAGCAAUGGUGCCUCUUAUCGGUGUGGUUUAUGGAAGAAAGUGGUUUCUUAAAGGACUUGGCUCUCAUCAGCAAGUUAUGAGUGAAGCUUAUGAUCCUGAGAGUAACUCGUGGAGUCCGGUUAGUGACGGGAUGGUUACUGGUUGGCGAAACCCGUGUACUUCUCUGAACGGUCGUCUCUACGGAUUGGAUUGUAGAGACGGAUGCAAACUUAGAGUGUAUGAUGAGUCUGGUGAUUCGUGGAACAAGUUCAUGGACAGUAAGGUUCAUUUGGGAAACUCGAGGUCGCUUGAAGCUGCGGCGCUUGUUCCACUGAAUAGUAAGCUUUGUAUAAUCAGGAACAAUAUGAGUAUGAGUCUUGUUGAUGUCUCGAAUCCUGAUAAGAACAGUCCUCGGCUUUGGGAGAACAUUGCUGUGAAGGGACAGUCUAAGAGCAUUCUCAGUAAUAUAUGGUCGAGUAUUGCAGGGAGAGCUUUGAAAAGCCAUAUUGUGCAUUGCCAAGUGCUUCAAGCUUGA